GUCGGCGGCGGGAGGCCGUGUCCCGUGUUGUGUCGCUGCGGUGCGCCGCGCCGCGCCGGGCCUGCGAUUUCUGUGCAGGCGCCAGACUCUAGGGGCGGCUGAAUCAGAGAUGCUGCCUGAUGACUGAAAGACUAGAAAGGAAAUGAAAGCACCGCCCAAUCUGUCUGCUGUUGCCAAGCAAACACUGUUUUGUUGAAUGGAGAUAUAAGUGUAGAAAGCAUCAGACCGUGUUAGACCAAAACCUGAAUAAUUUUCCAGGUCUGAAGAGCUCCAUGAGGGUCUUCACGCUGCCUUGAGAGGGGUCUCUUCACCGUCUGUUUGCAGUGAUAUGCACUCAGCUCUACAUGCCUAAAUCAAACUGCAGAAUGAGCAUAGCAAUUAUUGUCAACGCUCUGCUUGUGUCCAUCCUGGCGGCAGUGCUGUGGAAGUAUGUCAAGUUGUGGGAGCAGGUCACUUCACUAGAAGAAGAAUUGAUGCUAUCCCAGCAAACCCAAGAGCUGUCCCAAGUGAAGAUUGACUACCACGCAGCCCUGCAGACUCUUAUGGAAAAUGGCACCAGAAUGGUUUGCACUGGGAGAAUGCAUACUGAGAGGAUCUGUCGGAUCGAGUCCCUCUGCUACUCUACAGAGGCUGAUGAGUUUGUCUUCUUCCAUGGCAAUGCCUCCAUACUGCUGCCAAACCUGGGCUCGCGGCGAUUCCAGCCUGCUGUUUUAGACCUGUCUUCUGUAGAGGAUCACACUGCACAGUACUUCAAUUUUGUGGAAUUGCCUGUCGCAGCUCUCAAGUUCAUGCAGAAGCCAGUCUUUGUGCCAGACGUUGCACUGAUUAUGAAUCGGUUUAAUCCAGACAAUCUCAUGCACAUCUUCCAUGACGAUCUGCUCCCGAUCUACUACACAAUGCAGCAAUUUCAGGACUUGAAUGAGGAUUCGCGCUUGGUCUUCAUGGAAGGGUGGAAUGAAGGGUUGCACUUUGAGCUCUACAAAUUAUUUAGUAACAAACAACCUCUUCUGAGAGAACAAUUGAAGAGUCUUGGGAGUUUGCUUUGCUUUACAAAAUCUUAUGUUGGGUUGUCAAAAAUGACAACUUGGUAUCAGUAUGGCUUCAUUCAGCCUCAGGGACCAAAAGCAAAUAUAUUGGUAUCUGGAAACGAAAUCAGGCACUUCACACACUUCAUUGUGGAAAAGCUAAAUGUUACUACAAGCUCCAGUGGUGAAGAGUACAUUGUACUGUUCAGUCGCACGGUUAACAGGUUGAUUUUGAAUGAAGCAGAAUUGAUCCUAGCACUAGCACAAGAGUUUCAAAUGAAGACUAUUGCGGUGUCUCUGGACGAGUAUUCCUUUGGCGACCUUGUCAGACUGAUUAGUGGUGCCUCCAUGUUGGUCAGCAUGCAUGGAUCCCAACUGGUGAUGGCAAUGUUUCUGCCCAGGGGUGCUGUGGUUGUUGAACUGUUUCCUUAUGCCGUGAACCCUGAGCAUUACACACCCUAUAAAACCCUGGCAUCUCUCCUGGGCAUGGACCUACAGUACAUUGCUUGGCAGAACACAAAGGAAGAGAAUACCGUUAUCCAUCCUGACAGACCCUGGGAGCAAGGUGGAAUUGCUCACCUUGAUAGAGUUGAACAAGAGCGCAUUGUAAAGAGCAAGGAAGUCCCUCGCCACCUGUGCUGCCGAAAUCCUGAAUGGCUAUUCCGUAUUUAUCAAGACACCCUUGUAGAUAUCCCAUCUGUGAUGACUGCAAUUCACCAGUCAGUGAAAUCUAAACCUCCUCUCCGGAAGGUUAAAGCAAGAAGUAUAAUAUAUCCUGGGAAGGUGCGAGAUUCCGUAUGUCAAGCCUCUGUCCAGAGUGCCAGUGAAGCAAAAUUGUCCAUUUCCUGGCAAGUACCUUGGAAUCUGAAGUACCUGAAGGUAAAAGAGGUGACAUAUGAGGUUUGGAUACAGGAACAAGGUGAGAACACAUAUAUGCCCUACAUCUUGCCUCACCAGAACUACACGUUUAUAGAAAACAUUAAACCAUUUACAACGUACCUGAUUUGGAUAAGGUGCAUCUUUAAUAAAAACCUUCUCGGCCCAUUUGCAGAGGCACUGACUUGCAACACAUAAAGCAAGAUUGUCUGGUGGGAAAGGAAGAAACAUCCUGUACUUCUCUACGUUAUGUGGCCCAAAAGUGUGUUAUUCAAUAUCCUGUUGCCCUGUAGUUGACAAAGUGUGUAACGAAUAAGAGGACCGAGCUUAAAUAAUAAGCUGUUUUGGGGCUUUGUGCACAGUGUUGAUUGAUGCAGUGAAACACAGUUAAAAGGCAUCUAAUCUGCUUGAAAUAAGAUUUACUCUGGUUGUAAUGGAUCAUAACAAAGGUCUGUAUUAAGUGUA